GGUUCAGCAGCAUCUGAUGACCAUGAGUUUGACCCCUCAGCUGAGAUGCUGGUGCACGACUUCGAUGAUGAGCGCACGUUAGAAGAGGAGGAAAUGAUGGAAGGAGAACCAAACUUCAGAUCUGAAAUAGAGGAUCUCAACAGGGAGAGUGCCAUGCCCAUCCAGGAGCUGCUGAGCCGCUAUGGCUACGAUGGCACCGUGCCCCUGCAGGAGGAGGAGGAGGAGGAGGAGGAAGAGGAGGAAGAGGAGGAGGGAGAAGAUGAGGAUGAUGUUGAUAAUGAUGACAACAGUGGCUGCAGUGGGGAGAACAAGGAGGAGACCAUCAAAGAUUCCUCAGGGCAGGAAGAUGAGACCCAAUCCUCCAAUGAUGACCCAGCCCCAUCUGUGGCUUCUCAGGACCCCCAGGAGCUGAUUCGCCCUCGGCGCUGCAAAUAUUUUGAUACCAAUAGUGAAAUCGAGGAGGAAUCUGAAGAGGAUGAAGAUUAUAUUCCCUCAGAAGACUGGAAAAAGGAAAUCAUGGUGGGCUCUAUGUUUCAAGCUGAAAUUCCAGCUGGCACCUGCAAAUACAAAGAGAAUGAAAAAGUGUAUGAAAAUGAUGACCAGCUGCUCUGGAAUCCUGACUUUUUACCAGAGGAUAAAGUGAUAGAAUUCCUGAGCGAAGCCUCGAGGCGCACAGGGGAGGAGAAAGGUCUGGAUGCAAUUCCUGAGGGCUCCCAUAUUAAAGACAAUGAGCAGGCUCUGUACGAACUGGUGAAGUGCAAUUUUGAUCCUGAGGAGUCCCUGAGGAGGCUGAGGUUUAAUGUCAAAGCUGCCAGAGAAGAAUUAUCUGUGUGGACAGAAGAGGAAUGCAGGAACUUUGAACAAGGGCUGAAAGUCUAUGGCAAAGAUUUCCACGUGAUUCAGGCAAAUAAGGUGAGGACUCGCUCCGUGGGGGAGUGUGUGGCUUUUUAUUACAUGUGGAAAAAGUCGGAACGUUACGAUUUCUUCGCCCAGCAAACCCGUUUUGGCAAGAAAAAAUACAACCUGCACCCUGGGGUCACGUAAGAUCUGCCUGAUUAUUCCUCCCGGCUCCUGGACGAGAGUGAGAGUGCAGCUUCCAGCAGGGCCCCAUCACCACCACCUGCAGCUUCCAACAGCAGCACCAGCCAGUCUGAGAGGGAUGAGUGCACCUCCAGCAGCACCCAGAACGGUGUCUCUGCCAACGGCCCAGGGGAGGUGCCAGGGAAGGAGGAGGCAAAGCUGGAGGGAGUGCACGUGAAUGGACCCUGCAGUGGGAAGAAAACUCCUCACCCAGAGCUGGAUACAAACGGCUUUGAGCCCCAAAACCUCUGCAGUGACCCCAAAGUGGCUCACCCAGCCUCAAGGAACGAGCCUGAGCUGGAGGACAAGAGUGAGAGACCCCUGAAGAGAAGAAGGAUGAACAGCAGUGGCAAGGAGAGUCCAGGUGCUUCAGAGUUCUUCCAGGACAGCAACUCCCACGGGAAGCUGGAGGAGCUGGAAACUUUGGAUGACUGAGUGCUGGGAGCUGAUUUUAUUCCUUGGAGUAAAUUUUGGGUGUCUAAAAUUUUCAGGGUUGAUGGGUUGCCUUCCAAAAUCCAGUUCCAUAAACAAUCUGAGAUUUUUUUUGUUGUUUCCUGAGACCUUCUAGUUGGCUCAGAACCCAUGAUUUGGGUUUUUUUCAGUGCUGAAAAGCAGCAGAAUAUUGAAUUGCUCAGAGCUGGCAGCUGUAGUUCGGGGAUAAAAGGCUCUUAAAUAUUUAAGGGACAAAGCAGUGAGUUGCUGCAAAAAUAUUCCCAGCCUAACACAUUAAAGAAUGUGUUAAUACAGCAUUUAAUGUAAAAAACAGCAUUUAAUCAGUGUACAAGUGAACAAAGUGUUUGGGGCUUUGCAGGAAGUUAAAAUAAAACAGGAAAAGCCAAGACAGAGCAGGCACAGAGACUUUCCACUCCUGCUGGAGAGAGGAAAAUGUCAUCCCAUCAUUAAGGAACCCUCAUGAAUCCUGAAAGUUAUGAGCACAACUAUUUUUAUAUAUAGAAGUUUUAAAAGGUAAAUAAAUAAACCAGGUCAGGUUUGUCUAUGUAAAAUUGUUGACAUCAAUGAUGUCUUUCCAUAUUCUUUAUCUGGGCUAAAGAAAUACAUUCUGUAUUUUUCCAGAUUCCUUUGUAGCCUUUGAAAGAUUUUUACAGUACUUAUGUCUUGAUUGAACUGUCCUUUCUUAAAACAAAAGCUUGUAUAAUUUUCUUACCUUGUACAGUUGGUAAACUUUUAUGAGAGAGUUGAUACCCUGAGUCUAAUGUCAGCUUCCUUUUAUUUUGCUGAAGUCUUUUCUAAAAAAAAAAACCCACAAAAAAAACCAGAAAAAAAAAACAAGAACCCAAACCAAACCAAACCAAUGGAGUUAAAAAUUAAUCACCAAUGUGUUAAUUUUCUUCUAGAAACUGGUAAAUAAUUAACAUAAGAAUGGUUAGGAGGCAUUUGAUUUUGAAAAUGUGUUUUGUUUUUUUUUUUUUUUCCUUGUUUUAUGGCAAAUAAUGAUGUUUCAAUUUCUGUUAAGCAUGCUGCUUGCACUGCACACAUUUCCUGGCUUUUUUCUUCCCUUCCUUUGGAACUCAGAGAAAUUUCACAGCAGCCAAAUUCUCGAGUUUUCUGAACCUCCCUCAAGUUCAGCUCUGGUUUAUUGUCACCUGUGCCCUGGCACCUGCUUGGAAAUGCAGCUGGGACUGGAAUGGUGAGGAUGAGGUCAGAGGGAGCAGCACACACAGGGCAGAGGUUGGGCCUGAUGGUCUCAAAGGUCUUCUCCAACCUGGAAAAUCCUGGAUUCUCUGUUGGUGCACAGGGAGAAGGGAGAGCAGGAAUUUCACCUUGCAGUGUGAAAACCAAAAAUCCCUGAUGAAUAAAUGGGAGGUGGGUGAUGCUCACCCUGCCAGCAGCACCACUGGGAAGUUGUGGAUGUGGGACUCACAUCCAGCAAUCAGGAGCUUUGGAAAUUAAAUUCAGUUUGCUUUUGUUUGGUUGCUUUUUUCAGCCCAGCUCUGUUCAAAUUGAGGAUAAUUGUUCAUUUGUAUGAUUAAUAACCCUGUGUCCUCCUCCCAGGUGUGCUGCUCACCCUUCACUGGUUCUUUUCAGGUUUCUGCUCUUGAUGGUUGCAGGUGAAAUGAAUGGUUUGAGAUGGAUCUGAACCCAGACCCCACUGCUGGGGCUUGGGCUCAGUUGGUUUCUCCUCCUUGGGCUUUGUGAUCAGGAAUGGGGAAUCUGCAGCUCCAGAGCCAGGAAUGAUCCUGGACAGCCCCUGGGGGAGGCUCAUUAAGGCCUCUGCUAAUUAAGGAAUGCAGUGAUUAAUGCCUGAGGCAGAGGCUGCUGUUAACUCUCCCCUCUGGUUAUGAGCAGAACCCCCAAGUUUCCCCUUGCACACAAGCAGGAUCCUCUUCUCAGUUUUACUGGUUCCUUUUGAUGCUCUUGGUUUGCAGUUGCAAGUUGGAAAUCCUUCCCCAGAUUGUCUCAGGCUCAUGUGUGAAAUCCAGCACUGUGUAUAUUUUCAGGAAUGUUGCUUUGUUUUUAUCUUUCCUUUUUUUUUUUUUUUUUUGGUACUUAGACCUGACAUUCCAUAACCCACUAUGUAAUGCUCAGCUAGACUUUAAGAAUAUUUAAUUCUAAUUUACCUUUUGUUUAUGCUGGUGUUUUAUACAAUACUUUGUUCAUGUUUCAGACUGCAGCCACUAGAACUGAGUAAGUCAUUGCACUACUAAAGCUUUUGAAAACCCUGGAAAUCUGCUCACUUUGCUUUCACUUUCCAAGCCUUCAGUAGAGUUGGGAAUCCAGUCCAGCAGGAACUCCCAGGCCUUCCCAAGGGUUCAGUGUGCUGUGAAAUCCUCACACACACACAAACCCUGCCCAUGAGUUUGAUCCAUUUUUUCCACCCAGUAUUUUGCACUGUCAGUAAUUCCCUCCUCUUCCUCCCCUUCCCUGUCUGCAAUUCUGGAAAAGCUUAUUAAAAUAUUUUUAA